ACAGGGCAACAACUUCGUUUGUUUUCGCCGAAAGGGAAAUUAGUAUAUAUUCGGAGUUAGAGGACGAUUUCCAACCAGCUCUCAACUAGAGCUAUUUGUACCUUAAGAGAAAACAUUGGGAACGAGGAGGAAAGUCGGUGCUUUAAAACAUUGAAGUUUCCAUUUCAUCGGAGGAGAGAUGGUGAUUAUCACGAUUAGAGAGUCAACGAUGGUGCAGCCGGCGAGAGAGACGCCGAGGCGGAGGCUAUGGAACGCCAACGUGGAUCUGGUGGUGCCGCGAUUCCACACACCCAGCGUCUAUUUCUACCGGCCGGAUGGAUCUGGGGACUACUUCGAUGCGGGGAAAAUGAAAGCGGCGUUGGCGGAUGCGCUGGUUCCCUUCUAUCCGAUGGCCGGGAGAUUAGGGCGUGAUGAGGAUGGACGGAUCGAGAUCGAUUGCCAGGGCCAGGGAGUGCUUUUCGUUGAUGCCGAGACGGAAUCGAGGAUCGAUGAUUUUGGGGAUUUCGCCCCGACCAUGGAGCUGAAGAAGCUGAUCCCCGCCGUGGAUUACUCCGGCGAUAUCUCCUCCUUCCCCCUUCUCGUCUUGCAGGUGACGCACUUCAAGUGUGGUGGAGCCUCUUUGGGGGUGGGCAUGCAGCACCACGCAGCUGAUGGCGCGUCUGGGCUCCACUUCAUCAACUCAUGGUCCGACGUGGCACGCGGCCUCGGGAUCAGCAUUCCGCCCUUCAUCGACCGCACCCUCCUCCGAUCACGAGACCCACCUACACCCUCUUUCCCCCACAUCGAGUACCAGCCGGCACCCUCCAUGAUGUCACCGCCUCCACACCCGGUAUCCUCACCUCCGCCAAACCCACCGCCCAAAACCCAACUCCCAUCCACCACAGACACCGCGGUGAACAUCUUUAAAAUCACCCGCGAACAACUCGACCUCCUAAAGUCAAAGUCACCCCCGGGCACACGCUUCAGCUCCUACUCCCUCCUCGCCGGACACGUGUGGCGUUGCGUGUGCAUCGCACGUGACCUCCCCGGUGACCAACCCACCAAGAUGUACAUCGCCACCGACGGCCGUUCCCGUCUCUGUCCACCACUCCCACAAGGCUACUUCGGCAACGUCAUCUUCACGGCGACACCUAUAACCAACGCCGGUGAUCUCAUGGAUGGUGGUAUAAUCACCGCAGCCAAGAAGAUCAAUGAUUCCUUAGCUCGAAUGGACGACCAGUAUCUAAGAUCAGCAUUGGAUUACCUGGAAAUACAGCCGGACUUGGCGGCGCUGGUGAGGGGUGCGCAUACCUUUCGGUGUCCGAACAUUGGGUUGACUAGUUGGGUGAGGUUACCGAUACACGACGCUGACUUCGGGUGGGGCCGGCCAAUCUUUAUGGGUCCUGGUGGGAUCGCCUAUGAAGGGUUGGCGUUUGUGAUGCCGAGCCCAACUGACGAUGGGAGCAUGUCUUUGGCCAUCUCUCUCCAGCCUGCACACAUGCUGAGGUUUCAGAAGCUUAUUUAUGAGUUUUAGGGUUUGCAUGGCUUUCUAUGCAACGUCGAACUAAUUUUUGGGUACGUCAAAACAAGUGAUUAGUGAGGAAUAUAUGCUUGUUUUUCUCACACUCUUUCCUUUUAAUAUACUUUGGGAUGUAAGGUUGUUUGUCAUAAUUAAUGAACUGUGAAAGUUUACACGUCUAUAUCGUUA